AAAAUUGCCCACGGCUCACACAGUGAAACUCGUGACUCACCGCGGCCGCCUCCUCACACCCACCCCUAACCAAUCCCAGUCAUUUCACUGACGCCGCCUAGAAACUCUCUCACAUAUAACAUUGAUCUAAAGCCGCCGUUCUUCACUGCCGCAGUGGCGCAGAUCAAUCACCUCGGUUUCGUUUGAAGCCGCGGACUUAAAUUAAUCUAUUAUCAGAUACAUUGAGAUAAAACCAUCAUGGCUUUAUCCCUAACAAAGCGACUUGAGACCUUAAACCCAUGCCUCUGGUUGGCCUACCAACAACUACGGCUUGCAAGAACGGAGUCCGGCCCAUCAAGGCGGAGGUUCAAAUCCCCUCCUUCCUUUCGCAUGACAAAGUCCAUCAAAGAGAAAUCGGAAUGGUGGAUAGUAGAUGGAGAAAUGCAUGAAAUCGGAGAUCAUGUGCCUCCACGUGAGCGAUUUGUUAUCCCCAGAGAUAACAUCCCUAAUAAGCGCCGCAAACAGCUCCGCGAACAGUUUAUGCGUCGCACACGCCUCGUCCUCAAGGAAUCGGAGCAUGAACCAUUUUGCAAAAGGUACAUGGAAUUGUAUCAGGAGUUAAGGGAGAACUGGGAGAGACUUUAUUGGGAUGAGGGUUACUCUAAGAAACUUGCUCAAGACCAUGCCAACUAUGACUCUGCUGAAGAUGAUGAUCAAGAUUUUAACCCAUACAGGAGCAGCAGGAGGUCUCAUGCUGAUCAACAGAAGGACCAAGGUUUACGAGGGAAUAGGCAAGGUGAUACCUGGGAGAAGGUGAAUCAGAUUCGGGAUAAGUUUGAAUAUGACAGAGAAAGAAGAAUGAGAGAGAAAGCAUUUGCACCAAUGAAUGGAGGUGUUUCUGACUCACAUGAUUUAAACUCCCAAAACCAACCAUUUGAUACCCGGAGAUACUUCCCACAGACUGAAAGCGACUGACAGAAGGACUUCCAAUAUUAUGUUUAGGAUCUUUUCAACCAGGGGACUUUGAGACUGUCAAUUGUGAUUCUGGGGUUGAUUUCUGCAGAACAUAAAGAAAUCAUGUUGCUAGCUAAUCACAGAGUGGGAUUGAUCAUUUGUCUAGCCAGGCCAAGGAGGGUGAUUUGAGAAUGUCUCCCAUACUUGGGAACCUGAUAACACAGAUUUAUGUUUAAAUUUAUAGUGAAACUUGUCACCAUGAAAUAGCCAUCUUGCCAUGGGAAUAGUUUUUAUAAGAUACUUUGUCAACCAUGGAAAUUAUGGAUGAAAGUUGAUUCUGCAGUAUUAAUACCAUUUGCCUAUCCAUUUUAACUGCUUUAA